GCGGUCACCGGUCCAUUCAGCUCUUGCUCUAGCGCCGCGUCGCUCUCGCCAUGCCCUCCCACGGCGAGUGUAUCACGCUGUGCAUCGGACAAGCGGGCUGCAACAUCGGCGAGGACGUGUGGGAACUCUUCUGCGUGGAGCAUCAAGUGGAGCCCGAUGGCACUCGCCGGAAGUUGGAGGAGAAGAGGAAGUCAGAGAUCAUCUCCGAGGAAGCAGACUCCGCCUUUCGAUCGUUCUUCUCGGACACCCACGCCAGCCCCGCGCAGUACGUACCGCGGAGCAUCUUCGUGGACACGGACCCCUCCACGCGCGACGAGAUGCUCACGGGGCCAAACCAAAAGCUCUUUCACCCGGAAAGUGUCUUAGGUUACAAGCAAGACUGCCGAAACAUCUUCUUCGAGGGGCGAAACAUGGCCCGGACCUUUCAGAUUAAGGAGGAUGUCAUGGAUCGCGUCCGUUUGGCGGUGGAUCUUUGUUCCAACCUUCAAGGCUUCUUCGUGUUCCAUUCCUUUGGCGGUGGUACUGGCUCGGGCCUGGGCUGCGAUAUUCUGCACGAUUUGCAUGACGCCUUUGACAAGAAGGUGAUCUUCCAGCCCGUGAUCUAUCCAUCCCACAAGUUCUCCAGUAGCAUUGUAGAGCCCUACAACUGUAUCUUCUCCACGCACUACAUGCGAGAUGUGGUCGACGUAUCACUGAUGCUGGACAACGAAGCGGCCUAUCGUGUGUGCGAGAACAAGCUGAACAUCCAGCAACCCGACUUCGACAACGUGAACCGUUUGAUCGCACAGUGCAUCUCCGCUUGCACCACCUCCUUGCGCUUCGAGACGCAGCUCCAUGCGACGCUCAUUGAGAUCGUGACGAACAUCGUCCCCACGCAGUACUACCGCUAUCCCAUCGUUUCCUUGGCGCCGGUCCGCGCCAGAGACAAGGAGGCGCAUGAGACCUUCGUAGAGGAGGAGAUUGUCACAGAGCUCUUCGAAUCGAAGAAUGUCCUGUGCGACGUGACGCAUCUGCGGCAAAACCGCUAUCUCUCGGCGGUGGUGCUCCUGCGCGGCAUCGGCAGCCCGCAGAAGGAGAAGUCACGGGACGGCAGCAAGGACGAGCUCAAGGAACGCCCUGUUGAGGCGAACCAUGUGAUCACGGCGCUGCACUCGCUGAAGGAUGGCACGCACCGUUCGCCUCUGAAGUUUGCUCCCUGGAUCCAGUCCGGCUUCAAGGUGGGCCUCGUGGGCGUGCCGCCCUCCACCGUGCCGGGCGACAAAGUCAUGGCCCAGACCAAGCGCCAGGGGGCGAUGCUGGGAAAUAGCACGGCGGUGCGGCAACUCUUUGUCCGGCAGUAUACCAAGUUCUUGAAGCUCUUUUACCGUCGGGCCUACGUCUGGCAGUUUCUCGAGGCCAACGGGGAGAUUGACUCCUUCUAUGACGCCCGCGACGGCGUGCGUGACAUCAUCGGCCACUACGAGGAGCUGCUGCAGGAGUGCGUGCGUGUGGAGAACGAGAAGUACGAUGGCAAUACCGUUGUGAAGCUCCAGGGUGCCACGAUGCCCAAUGAUCAGCCACCGCGGGGUAGCUGACAGGGCGAUGAUUGGCUUGUAGUUUUGUCACUCGACGGCGUUGGGUCCAGGAUCUGCAGUCGGUUUGAACUCGCUGAUGAAGUGGCUCAGUGGGAA